GUGGGAUUACUCGAUGCAUCUGUCAAAGUGAGGUCAUUGUCCGGUCACCAACCGCCUGCUCGCCAACCUCUAUAAAACUUUUUCUGUCUGCAACCCCAAAGUAAUCCGGAAAUUUGUGCCAUCUUGCUUUCUCCCAUAAGCUGACACAUCUCUUCCACAAGUCACAAUGCUCUCCAAAUCUCUCACCCAGCGGCUGCCGGGCGUUACACAAGCCCUCGCCAAACACGCUCCGCGUGUAGUGGUCCCUUGCACACGUCCCAUGCAGCUGCAACAUCGACUGCAGAUGCAGCAGCCGCCGUCAUCGCCUUCAUGUUUCCAAUGCCGUACAGCCGUGUCGUUCCAGCCAAAUCAUGACUACCCGGGCCACGAUCGAGCAAACGACAUGGGAGGACCCGGAGGCCAAGAGUCCUUCCCGGCUAGUAUGCCUUAUCGAAGAAGAAUUGAAUACGAGACAUUCUACGGCGUGUUGCUGGCCAUCGCCCUCAUGUGUAUCGCCAAGCUCGUGCAGCAGAACUACGACCCAAAGAUGAAUUAUGUGCUGGUGCAUGAUAAUACAAAGGGGGAGCUGGACGAUGUAAAGUACAUCCCGAUGCCCAAGAUGCGGGAGCAGCCGGUGGUUGCGGAGAUCCGGGAGGAGGUGAUGAUCCCUAUCAAGAAGGUUGAUAGAGUUGACAAGGUGCAGAGGUGGGCUUGAUUUGGAUUUUGAAUUGCCAAGAUUGCAUUUGGGGUUUUCGCUACAAAGGAGAUAGUCGAAAGAUUAGAUCCAUCGAUUCAUCAUAUCUACCUACUUACACCUUUCCCAUCACAGUUU